GGUAGAAAGUCUCGGCCUGCUUGAGGAUCCUGUGUGGGAAGGAGCUGAUCGGAAGACUUCAGCAUGAUUUGGCCUUUUAUUCUCUGGGCCGGCCUGCAAACUGCGGCCCAGUGCUCGGCUCACAAAGGUGUACGGGCGGCCAGGGGGUCUGAGUCGGUGACGCUGCAGCCUUGGUUGACGGGUCUGACAGCCGUGGUUAUCUUCCUCUUCCUUGUCUUCGUCAUUGUUGUCAUCAGAAGACUGCUGCAGAAGAACAGGUGGGAGGAAGACAAGCAGGAGGAUGUGUUUGGAUAUGAGAACAAGGUAGUGGAGAUGGAGGAAGAUGACGUGAAGAACACCUACUUUUAGGAGCAGUGGAAGACUUUUGUUUGUGAGCUGACUGACAUCAUCAACCACUGAGCAGCUUUCUUUCAGAAACAUCUUCUUCAUGAUGAUGAUGAUGAAUAUUAGUAUGUAGUUUUCACAGCCUUAUUCCAAAAUGGUAUCCGCUCAUUUUAUCCCUCAUAAUUCUCCAAAAUGACAACAUUAAACACAGUUUUGGUGAUUUUUGCAAAUGUGUUCAAGUAAAUAAAUAAGAAAUCAUGUAAGUAUUCUUGUCACAAAGCUGAA